AUGUCGAGUUUACUUUUGGGACUCAACGCCCGCAUGAGAGCUACAUCGAGAACAGACCAUGCGAGCCCCAUCAUCCCCAGCGGCGAACCAAUCCUCAGCGGACUCAGGCCAUCGAACUCGGCGCCGAGAAUCCCGCAGUCGCCCUCGCUGACGGCGUCGGUGGGCACGGCGUCGCCCACAAUCGACUGGACUCGACCCUUGCCGUUGUGGCUGAGUCCCGAGCAUGCCAAGCACAUCGUCAAAGGGAAUCUCAUGACGCUGAGUGCCCGGCCAAAGACCGUCGAACAGAGCGAGUGGAUAGCACAUCAAGUGGUUGAGCACUACCGCAUUGUAUGGAAUUUCGUCCGAGUGGUCCACCAGAAAGAAGACAACGGCAAGGCCAUUUGCAACAAUUCAAGCUGUCCCAAGAUGUCGGCAGGAGAGAACCGGUCAUACACCUGGCUCAACAGGAACCACGAGCCCGUGGACCUCCCCGCCAACGAAUACAUGAGCCUCAUGCAGCGCUGGAUCUCGGGCAAGAUCGACGACAACGCCACGUUUCCCACCGACCCGGACGGCGUUUCUUUCGCCGUUCACCCCGAGUACUCUGCCCCGACGGCAGCGCACCUCUUCCACCAAGACCCCGUCGAGGAGUGGCCAGGCAGUAGAGGUGGGUUCCCGAGACGCUUUGCCGGCACCUCACAGCUCAUCUUUCGCCAAAUCUUUCGCGUGUACGCCCACUUGUACUGGAACCACUUCGUCGAUCCGUUCUACCACUUCAGCCUGGAGAAGCAGUUGAACAGCUGUUUUAGUCACUUUAUUCUUACGGCGACUACGCUUGACAUGCUGCGGCCCGAGGAGUUGGAGCCGAUGCAGUACCUGAUUGAUCUUUGGGCAGCCGACGGGACCUUUCCGGAGGGUUCGAGGGCGUACUUGUGUGCAAAUGUCGAGAGGGGCAGACAUAUAUCGACCUUGGGCGGUAGGGCGUAA